AUGAAUCCGGCAGAACAAACGGUUACAUGGCUCAUUACGCUCGGUGUUUUGGAAUCACCAAAAAAGACCAUCUCGGAUCCUGACGGAUUUCUGCAGUCCUCGUUAAAAGAUGGGGUCGUGCUGUGUAGGUUACUGGAGCGACUGCGUCCGGGCACCACCGAUAAAAUAUUCCAGGAUCCUAAGAAUGACGCCGAGUGCUUGAGUAACAUCCAGGAGUUUCUCAAAGGUUGCAUUGUGUUUCGAGUCGAGCCGUUUGAGCCCAGUGACCUGUACCAGGGCCAGAACUUCAGUAAAGUACUUAUCACACUGGUCGCACUCAACAAAGUGACAGCAGACAUCGGCGUGGGCAGUGACUCUGUAUGUAACCGAUACUCCUCUGCUCAUCGUAUCAAGUCCUUUGAAUCUUUGGCUUCCCAGUCUUCACUGGGCCGGUCCUCCAAACUCCUCCAUAACCAGUUCCGCAGCCUGGUGAGUAACCUGGCGAGAACCGGAGAUAUGACAGAGAACAGUAAUGCCCAGUUGGUGGUGAAAGCACGCUUCAACUUCCAGCAGACCAAUGAGGAUGAGCUGUCUUUCACCAAGGGUGACAUCAUCAACGUCACCCGUACGGAGGAGGGGGGCUGGUGGGAAGGGACCCUCAAUGGCAAGACCGGCUGGUUUCCCAGCAACUACGUCCGAGAGGUGAAAGGUUAUGACAAACAGGUUUCCCCCAAAUCUGGAACUCUAAAAAGCCCCCCAAAAGGCUUCGACACCGCCGCCAUCAGUAAGACCUACUACAACCUGGUGUUACAGAACAUUCUAGAGACAGAGACGGAGUAUUCCAAGGACCUUCAGAAUCUCCUGACAAAUUACCUGAGACCGUUACAGAGCUCAGACAGGCUGAGUCCGUCAGACUUCAGUCUCAUUAUGGGAAACCUGGAGGAAAUCAACACCUUUCAACAGACUCUUGUCCAAUCGCUGGAGGACUGUAUGAAACUUCCAGAGAUGCAGCAGAAGGUUGGGGGGUUCUUUCUGAAUCUCAUGCCCCAAAUGAAAGCUCUUUAUGUGGGCUACUGCUCCAACCACCCCUCAGCCGUCAACGUGCUCACAGACCGCGGUGAAGAGCUGGGGGAGUUUAUGGAGGGGAAAGGAGCCAGCUCUCCUGGUAUUCUCACACUGACCACUGGUCUCAGCAAACCCUUCAUGAGACUGGACAAGUACCCUACUCUACUGAAAGAACUGGAAAGACACAUGGAGGAAGGUCACCUGGAUCGGCCUGACAUUCAGAAGAGUAUGACUCUAUUCAAAAACCUGUCGACACAGUGUCAAGAGGUGCGGAAGCGUAAGGAGCUGGAACUGCAGAUUCUAAACGAGUCCAUCCGGAUGUGGGAGGGAGAGGACAUCAAGACUUUAGGAUCUGUGCUGUACAUAAGCCAGGCUAUGGUCCAGAACCACGGCUCUGAGGAGAAAAAUGAACGUUACCUCCUGCUCUUCUCCCACGUCCUAUUAAUCCUGUCUGCCAGCCCGCGGAUGAGUGGCUUCAUCUACCAGCGGAAGCUGCCUUUGAGUGGAAUGACAGUUACCCCACUGGAGGACACUGAAAGUCAUAAGAAUGCUUUUGAGCUCUCUGGCAGCAUGUUUGAGAGACUGCAGGUCAUUUGCUUUAACCAGCAGGAUCGGCAGGACUGGCUGGAACACCUGAACUGUCAGAUCAAACACACGACCAUGGCGGCUCCCAGUCUGAAACCGCUCACCGUGCCCUGUCACACGCUACCCUCACACCCUGUGACGCCCUCCAGACAUGCGGAGAGCAGGGGGUUGACCGUUGCCCCCGCUUACCACACCCUGCCGCACCCCUCCUCGCACGGGGCCCCCCAUAGCACCGUGAUGUGGGGUCCUCUGGAACCUCCCAAAACCCAGAAACCCUGGAGCUUGAGCUGCCUGCGCCCGGCCCCCCCGCUAAGACCCUCCGCCGCUCUCUGCUAUAAAGAGGAUCUCAGUAAAAGUCCCAAAAGCAUGAAGAAGUUGCUGCCCAAACGGAAGCCUGAGAGGAAACCUUCGGAUGAGGAAUUUGCUCUGAGGAAAAGUACUGUAGCUCUCGAGGAAGACGCUCAGAUCCUGAAAGUGAUUGAGGCCUACUGCACGAGCGCUAAAACCAGACAAACUCUCAACUCAACGUGGCAAGGCACCGACCUGAUGCAUAAUCACGUGCUGGACCAGUCCAGCGUGGACUCUCUGGGUCGACGGAGCAGCAUAUCCAGGCCGGAGGCGCCCUCUGACCUGUCGGAGGACUCGGACUAUGACAGUAUAUGGACGUCCCACAGUUACAGGAUGGGCUCUGUAUCUCGACCGCAGAGGGACACUGGCCCACCACUGAUCGUUCCAGGAGAUGAGAAAGAGACGAAAAGCAACGGCCAAGCUGCCACGGAGGAGAACAGCCUGGUAGAUGUAGUCUAUGCUCUGAGGGAUGAAGUCCAGGAGCUGAAGCAGGACAAUAAGAAAAUGAAGAGAACUCUUGAAGAGGAGCAGAAAGCAAGGAAAGAUCUGGAAAAGAUUGUUAGAAAAGUGCUGAAAAACACGAACGAUGCCUCGUGGGAUGAAACGAAUUUAUGA